AUAAAAAAUAGAUAAUAUAUAAAUAAUAUAAAAUAAUAUAUAAAUAAUAAAUAUAUAAAUAACUAUAUCAACAUAUUAUAUAUUAUAUAUUUAAAUUCAAUGUAGAUUAAAAUUAUGCCAAGGUAUUUCAUGUUUAUAUGUAAGGAGAAGUUGGUUUCUAGGCUCAGAUAAUUAUGAGUUUUUUCCCAGUCAAAAGAAAGUCCAGUGAUACAUUUGAAAGUUACACAGAGCCUGAGGUGAUAUCUCAGUGUUUAGGGCAACUUCUGUCAAACUUCUUCCAAGAUCAGUGAGCAUGCUCCCUUUGUCCUUGUUUUCUUAAUCCCCAUUUUGCUGGCUGAACUGUAGAAGUGAUGGCUGGAGCUCUGGCCACCAUCUUGGAGCAGGAAGAUGAGAAUGACACCACACUCCAAGGGGACAGAGCAGUGAGCUAGAAGGAGCCUAUUUGCUGAGAAUUUCAUGGAACCUACCAGCCCCGGAUUUUCCCUGCCUCUGAAAUUUUACCUGAGAAAUAUAUAAGCUUUUACUCUGUUAAGCCACUAUUAUUUUGGGUUUAUAUCUUGAAACUUAACCUACUUAAAGCAAUAUAAAAACUUAACUCUAAGGGUAUCCUCAGCAGUAAUCCAUGACGUUGCAGCUGUCCUCAGUGUCAUGAAGAACUAUAGGUGCAAUGAGAGGAAACAGGGUGCCUAAGUGGAGUCGGGCCAGGGAAGGCUCUAAAUGAUGAUAAAAUCAACUAGGCAAAGAGGUGGGAAAUAGAUAAAUAUAACAUUAUUUGUCACUUGUUUAAAAAAAAUAAAGAGGGAUCUAGAAGGAAUGUUUCAUGGAAUAUUUUUCUCGUUCACACAGGUAGGUGGUGAUGGUUAGUUUAGGGAGGAAAUGCUCCAGGGCAAGAUGGUUUGACGUGGAUCCCAGUGUGCAUGUAGCAGAGGACCUGACUUGCUCAAAAAAUGCUGUCAGAAAUAUAUGCCUCUAUAGGUUCUAAAAGCUGCGUGGCCAGUGUGAUGGAGUGAGCUGUGUACUGUUUGUUGAUCUACUCCCUAGAUCUGAAUUCCUUCUGAAAGCCUAGGCAGGAGGAUGAUACAGUCAGACAAAGGAGCAGAUCCGCUGAGCAAAAAGGACCAGAAGGACAAGAAGCUUUCUACGGCAACCAAUCCAGAGAGUGGUAUCUCCCAGAUCCUGCGGCUUGUGCUGCAAGAGCUGAAUCUGUUCUACAGCCGAGACGUGAAUGGAGUGUGCCUCCUGUAUGACCUCCUCCACUGCCCCUGGCUGCAGGCUCUGCUCAAGGUUUAUGACUCUCUCCAGGAUUUCAAAGAAAAGCAGCUCAUUCCUGCCACACCCCAUGCGCAGGCCUUAUCCAACGAGGUACUGAAGAUAUUAUGUGAAACCCCCAAGUCCCCUGAGAUCCAAGAGCUGAGACAGAUCCUUCAGUCUCCACACUUUAAGGCCUUGCUCAGUGCCCAUGACACUGUGGCUCAGAAAGACUUCGAACCCCUUCUUCCCCCCCUGCCAGACAAUAUCCCUGAGAGCGAGGAAGCAAUGAGGAUUGUGUGUUUGGUGAAAAACCAACAGCCCCUGGGAGCUACCAUCAAGCGCCACGAGAUGACGGGGGACAUCCUGGUGGCCAGAGUCAUCCACGGCGGGCUGGUCGAGAGGAGUGGGUUGUUAUAUGCUGGAGACAAACUGGUGGAAGUAAAUGGAAUUUCCGUUGAAGGACUGGACCCUGAGCAAGUGAUCCAUAUUUUGGCCAUGUCUCGUGGCACAAUCAUGUUCAAGGUGGUUCCAGUUUUGGACCCUCCUGUUAAUAGCCACAAGAUGGUGUACGUUCGUGCCAUGACCGAGUACUGGCCCCAGGAGGAUCCCGCCAUCCCCUGCAUGGACGCUGGGCUGCCUUUCCAGAAAGGGGACAUCCUCCAGAUUGUGGACCAGAAUGAUGCCCUCUGGUGGCAGGCCCGGAAAAUCUCAGACCUCGGUACCUGUGCUGGCCUAAUCCCUUCUAACCACCUUCUGAAGAGGAAGCAACGGGAGUUCUGGUGGUCUCAGCCAUACCAGCCUCACAACCACCUGAAAUCCGCCAUAUCAAUUUCUAUGGAAGAAGAAGAUGACAUGAAGAUUGACGAGAAAUGUGUGGAAGCAGAUGAAGAAACAUUUGAAUCUGACAAGGAGGAAUUCGUCGGCUGUGGUCAGAAGUUCUAUAUUGCUGGUUUCCGCCGCAGCAUGCGCCUCUGCCGCCGCAAGUCCCACCUCAGCCAGCUGCGCGCCAAAGUGAGCGGUGCCAGCAACUGCUAUGGCGCAGUGGGCGCCCCUUACGAAGAGGUGGUGAGGUACCAGCGCCACCCUGCAAACAAGCACCGCCUCAUCGUGCUCGUGGGACCUUCCGGUGUUGGAGUAAAUGAACUGAGAAGGCAACUUAUUGAACUUAAUCCUAACCGUUUUCAAAGCGCUGUGCCACAUACUACUCGUUCCAAAAAGAGUUACGAAAUGGAUGGUCGUGAAUAUCACUAUGUGUCAAAGGAAACAUUUGAAAGUCUCAUGUACAGUCACAGGAUGCUCGAGUAUGGUGAGUACAAAGGCCACCUGUAUGGCACCAGUGUGGAUGCUGUUCAAGCAGUCCUUGAUGAAGGCAAGAUCUGUGUCAUGGACUUAGAGCCACAGGGUAUUCAAGUGGCUCGAACCCAGGAAUUGAAGCCCUAUGUCAUAUUUAUAAAGCCAUCUAGCAUGAGUUGUAUGAAGCGAUCUCGGAAAAAUGCCAAGAUCAUUACAGACUACUUUGUGGACAUGAAGUUCAAGGAGGAAGAUCUACAAGAGAUGGAGGAUUUAGCCCAGAAAAUGGAGUCUCAGUUUGGCCAGUUUUUUGAUCACGUGAUUGUGAAUGACAACUUGCAAGAUGCAUGUGCUCAAUUGCUGUCUGCAGUUCAGAAGGCUCAGGAGGAGCCUCAGUGGGUACCAGCAACAUGGGUUUCCUCUGAUAACUGAGUCUUAAGGAGACCUGCUUCAUACUGGAAUUUUAAACAAUGUUCACUUGUUAAAGAGAGCUGGAAAAAUAGCUGUAAUUUAAAACAGUAGUAUUGUACUAUUUGCCCUAUUAUAAUGUGUGCAACUUCAAAAGUGUUGUGGUUUGCUAAUUAAUCUUGCUUGAAAAAAAAUUGUAAGGUAUGGUUAUCUAGAGUUAUCUAUUUGGUUUUUAGGGGAAAAAAAAGUUUUCCUUUACUUCAUAUACUGCAUUUGAUAGGGAUAUAAACAAUGCUAAGUCACCGAGUAUGAGGAUAUUUCAUAGAUUUCACAUGGCCUUUGUAUGAUUCAGAUAAGAAGAGCUUUCCUAAAUAAAAUUAGUGUCUAAUUUCAAAAACUGCA